AUGUGGCCACUAUUGAUCUUACUUUCAAUUCUAGUUCCACUUGUUGCACCCAUCAACGUCAGUGCACAUAUGAUUAAUCAAACAGCAGCAAAUAUAUCAUGGAUAUAUCCACUUGAUUCAAAUAAUCCUGAUGAUAUAGCAUUACUCGGUGGAAUGAUUAAAGGCUUUUAUGUCAUCGUUUUUGCACCUGAUUCAAAUCAACUGCCAAUUGUUCAUCGAAAUUAUCAAGGUACUAUUGGUACACAAUAUUGGGAUAUUGUAGGUAACUUAAUACCUGGUACAACAUAUCAUGCACAAGUUAAAGCAUUUACGAAGAAGGGUGAUGGAAAACCAAGUGUACCUUAUAUAUUUACAGUACCAAAAGAAGAUUCUCGAAAUUUUUCUCCAAGUAAUUUAACUGCAUACGUAGUUAAUGCUCAUACAUUAAGUGUGACAUGGGAUUUACCAUCUAAUGUAAAUGAUAUCGAUAAAAUUUAUAUAACAAUUAUUGAACUCAAUCAAAUAAAUCGAACAAUUCAAAUGCAAUCAUUUGAUAAUACUAUUAAAAAAUUAGAUAUUCAAAUAAAUGAUAAUGAUUCAAAUAGUAUUCAUCAAAAUACAACUGUACAUUUUUUUGCUCGAUGUUCAAAUCGUAAUGGUCAAAAUUCUUCAAUAAUUGAAUAUCAACUUUAUAUUAAUAUGUUAAAUCCAUCUCCACGUGAUGUUCGUGUUGUUCGUAUAAAUGAAACAACAAUUCAAGUUUUUUGGUCACCAAUAUAUUAUCCAUCUGUUGAACGAUAUAUAGUUCAUUAUAAUGAUAAAGCUGAAAAUAAACCUGAAACUCAAUGGUCACUUUAUUCUCCGAUGAAUUUUGGUGCAACAUCAGCCAUUAUAAGUGGUUUAAAGUCAGCUACUAUGUAUAAUGUACGUGUUAGUGCAGAAUUUUCUACUACAAAUAUCAAUGAUCCACUGCAUUCAUCGGGAACAACAAGACGUGAAGGUGAUUUAUCAGAAAUUCAUGUGGCUGAUAUAUAUCGUCGUACAAACUAUGUUGUUCAAUAUGACAAUCAAUUAAGUCGUCCAUAUAAUAUGACUUAUACAGAUUUAACAUCUAAUAGUGUUAAAUUAUUAUUUUUUUUCAAUGAAACGAAUCAUGAAUCUCAUCGACAAAUACAAAAACUUGAAGUUCAUUAUAAAGGUAUACAAAAUUAUAUCGAUAGUUUAGGUACAACACGUUCAACAUCUCAUCAUAAUGCUGCUGGUCUUAUAACAAUUCCACCAACACAAGGUAAACGUGAAUGGUUAGUAACAGGUUUAGCACCAAAUACACAUUAUACACUUAAUUUAACUGGUACUAUAACAAUAUCAGAACAAUCAACAUCAAAAAUUCAUAGUCAACCAGCAACAAUACGUUUUUCGACUGAUUAUGAUGCUCCAACCUAUGUUGAUCGACCUGAACAAGAUCGGCAUACUGUUAUCAAUGGAAAUAAUCAACAAUUUUAUCUUCGUUUGCAUCGUGCAUCAACUAAAAAUGGUCCUAUUGAUCGAUAUUAUAUUGUUGUUCAUCUUAAUGAUUAUCCAACACAUCAAUCAUAUGUACCACAAGAAAAUCGUCGUGAAUGUUGUUAUACUGCGGCAGUAUUUAAUGAAUCUCAAUUACCGGAAAUGUUUAUAUUAGGUGAUGGAAAGCAAACACGAGAUUGGGAACCAUUUUCAGGUCAAAUUUAUAAUAAUUCACUAAUAUUAAGUACAGUUAAAAUAAAACUUGUUUCAUGGGGUUUUAAUCGUAAAAAAGAAAAUUUAACAACAUCAAGUCCAACAAUACAAAUACAUGUACAAACUAAAUUAGUUCAAACAUCUAAUGAAGAAACCUUUAAUAGUUUAUUAUGGAUAUUUGGAAUAAUAUUUUUAUUAUUUAUUAUUCUUAUUAUUGUUAUUUUAUUUUCAUUAAAAUUUAAUCGAACAAAAAGAAAAUCAUUAACACCACCACCUGAAUGUGUACCAUUUGAUUUAACACCAAAAGUUUUAACUAUGGAAAUGCAAAUGCCUAUUUUACCACCAACUAUUUCACCAGCUUCAUCUGGUGAACCUGUUGAAAUACGACGAGCACAACCAAUAACAAAUUAUCCGCCUAUACCUAUCGAAGAAUUUGCAACUCAUCUCGAACAUUUGAAAGCUUCGGAUAAUUAUAAAUUUUCCCAAGAAUAUGAAUCUAUUGAUCCAGGUGAACAAUUUUCUUGGGAGAAUUCUAAACUUGAAUGUAAUAAAACAAAAAAUCGUUAUGCUAAUGUUGUUGCUUAUGAUCAUUCACGCGUUAUAUUACGACGAAUUGAUGGUAUUAUUGGCAGUGAUUAUAUAAAUGCAAAUUAUUUAGAUGGUUAUAGAAAACAAAAUGCUUAUAUAGCAACACAAGGACCAUUACCAAAUACAUUUGCAGAAUUUUGGAGAAUGAUUUGGGAAACAAAUUCAACUUGUAUUGUUAUGAUGACUAAAUUAGAAGAACGAAAUCGUCUUAAAUGUGAUCAGUAUUGGCCAAGUCGUGGAACAGAAACAUAUGGAUCUAUUCAAGUUACUUUAACAGAUUUUAUUGAAUUGGCUUCGUAUAGUAUACGCACAUUUACUAUAGCAUGGAGUGGUCAUCCAGAAAAACGAGAAGUUCGACAUUGUCAAUUUACAGCAUGGCCUGAUCAUGGUAUAUUAGAGCAUGCAACCUCAUUUUUAAUGUUUGCUCGACGAGUUAAAAGUCUUCAACUAUCUGAUACUACUCCAAUAGUUGUACAUUGUUCAGCAGGAGUUGGUCGUACUGGUUGUUUUAUUGUUAUUGAUGCUUUAUUAGAACGUUUAAAAUAUGAAAAAACAAUUGAUAUAUAUGGUCAUGUUACUUUAUUACGUGCUCAACGAAACUAUAUUGUUCAAACUGAAGAACAAUAUAUAUUUAUCUAUGAAGCAAUGAAUGAAGCAAUACAAUCAGGGCAAACUGAAGUAUUAGCCAGAAAUUUAUUAACAUAUUUACAAAGACUUUUACAACCAAUAAAUGAUAGUUCAUUAACAGAAAUGGAACUUGAAUUUAAACGUUUAGCAAAUAUUAAAGCUCAACCAUCGAAAUUUAUUAGUGCAAAUAAUCCAUCAAAUAAAUUUAAAAAUCGUCUUGUGAAUAUUUUACCAUAUGAAAAUACUCGUGUAUGUUUAUCUCCAAUACGUGGCAUUGAUGGAUCUGAUUAUAUUAAUGCAUCUUAUAUUGAUGGUUAUCGAUUUAAAAAUGGUUACAUUGCUACACAAGGACCAUUAAAUGAAACAAUUGAUGAUUUUUGGAGAAUGAUAUGGGAACAUAAUGUAACAAUAAUUGUUAUGCUUACAAAAUUAAAAGAAAUGGGAAGAGAAAAAUGUGCUCAAUAUUGGCCAAUAGAUCGAUCAAUACGUUAUGGAUAUUUCAUUGUUGAUCCACUUGGAGAAUAUCAUAUGUCACAAUAUUUAUUAAGUGAAUUAAAAUUAACUGAUUCAAGAGAUGGUCAAUCUCGAACUAUUCGACAUUUUCUUUAUACGGAAUGGCCUGAACAAGGUGUACCUAAAGUUGGAGAAGGAUUUAUUGAUUUUAUAGGACAAGUACAUAAAACAAAAGAAGGUUUUGGUCAAGAUGGUCCAAUUGUUGUACAUUGUUCAGCUGGUGUUGGAAGAACUGGUGUAUUUCUAACAUUAAGUAUUGUACUCGAACGAAUAAGAUAUGAAGGUGUUAUUGAUGUAUUUCAAACGGUGAAAUUAUUACGUACACAACGACCAGCACUGGUUCAAACAGAAGAUCAAUAUCAAUUUUGUUAUCGUUCAGCACUUGAAUAUUUAAGUUCAUUUGAUAAUUUGAUAUGA